UACGGUGUCCUGCAGGUGCCAAGGCUCUCCUCGCGCUGGUUCCCAAACUGUUGACAAAGCUGGAGGAGGAGGAGGAGGAGGAGGUGCAGGUUCUCCUCCUCUCCACCCUCAGUUUCUGCUCCACCCUGGACGCUCUCCCCGCCCUGGCCCUGGAUGCUGUCUCCUUGGUGAGACAGAAGCUCCUCCACUCCUCCCAGGACGUGCGUCGAGAAGCGGCGGCGGCCAUGAUGGCGCUCAGUGUUCCCGAGGAGGGCAAGCGGCGGGUGUGUAAGGAGGCGGUACUUCCUGAAGUCGUACGAUUGUUACAGGAAGCAGACGUAAAGGUUCAGGCUAACGCUGUCGCCGUCAUCAUGUACACGGCCAUUACUACGGAAGGUACACGCGCAGAAUCAAAAAUCAAAAUUCAUCCAGCGGGCCGGAUUGUGUCCCCAGUGACCUGCACUAACGACCUCCAUUGCGAUGCUAACGACAUCGUUUCCUUGUCCUCGUCUGGACAAACACUCACAAAGACAAACGCUCUCUGUCAAAGUCAACCGGACUCUGGUCCGCCCCUGGACCUGGACCAGUUAGAUCGGGCAUAA